AUGUCUAUACAUUACAUAUUGAUUUUAAACCGACAGGGAAAGACCAGAUUGAACAAAUGGUUUAACAAGAAUCAAACUAGAUCCGAACAAUUGAAGUCUAUUGGAGAAAUCCAUAGAAUUGUAUCAUCAAGAGAUCUGAAAUAUCAAUCAAAUUUCAUCGAAUACCAACAAACCAAGUUGGUUUAUAGGCGUUAUGCUGGACUUUAUUUCAUAAUGGCUAUUGAUCUUAAUGAUAGUGAGUUAUCAUAUUUGGAAUCGUUGCAUUUUUUUGUGGAAGUUCUUGACACAUAUUUUGAUAAUGUGAUUGAAUUGGAUUUGGUGUUCAACUUUUCAAAAAUAUACAACAUAGUGGAUGAAAUAUUCUUAGGUGGAGAAAUUAAUGAAAUUCUGAAACUGAGAGUAUUGAGUAGAUUAACGUAUUUAGAUAGUUUGGAUGUUAAUUAG